GUCGUCAAUCCCCAAUUCCCCUCCGCGCAAACCCUAGCCCCCCUCAGAUUCGGCAUGCGAGUCCCGCCAAACUCCAAUUCGUGACCUCGCCGGAGAUGAUCGCCUCGCGGCCGCCGCAUCCUCGCCGGAUUCGGCCCCUCGCCGCCGCCUCACUGGUACUGUUCCUCCUCUUCCUCUGCAUCCGCUCGGAUGGGGACUCUCCGCCAUCUUCGCGCCGCAGAUUCCUCUCCGAUGCCGAUCCCGCCGCUUCCAACGGCGGGAACCUCUCGGAGAUCACCCCUCCGCAGCUGGACAACCCCUCCGCCUCGUGCGCCGGCAUCGCGCGCCACGAGGGUUUCAGCUCCCAGUGCGACUUCGUCCGGGCCCACCCGCAGUGCAGCUCCGGCGGGUUCGUGGACUACCUAGACUUCUUCUACUGCAGGUGCGAGAGAUUCAGGCUCCUUGGGUACGCUGUGCUCGCGGUGUGCCUGGCAGCCUUGUUCUACAUGCUCGGCAACACGGCCGCCGACUACUUCUGCUGCAGCCUCGAGAAGAUGUCCGCGCUGCUGCGGCUCCCGCCCACUGUGGCUGGUGUCACGCUGCUCCCGUUUGGUAACGGUGCUCCUGAUGUGUUCGCCAGUAUUGCGGCGUUCAUGGGGUCUGGCUCCGGAGACGUGGGGCUCAACAGCGUGCUCGGCGGAGCGGUGUUUGUUACCUGUGUCGUUGUUGGGGCGGUGUCCUUGUCCGUCGCGGAGAAGAAUGUGCAGAUUGACUGGAAGUGCUUUGUAAGGGAUGUUGGAUUCUUCCUCAUCACUUUGGUCGCGCUCUCUGUUAUAUUGAUCGUCGGGAAGGUGACUUUCUGGGGAGCUAUGCUGUUUGUCUUGAUUUAUGUGGUCUAUGCAUUUGUGGUGGCUGCAAAUGAGUUACUAAGGAAGCAUGCACGGAUGCUCAAGUUUGAUCUAGUCACACCAUUGCUUCCUGUACGCGCAAGUAUUUUUGCGCAAGGAAUAGAGGAAGAUGACUCUGUGUACAGUUCACUUCUCGAGGAGGAUACAAGUGAUGAUGUGGCGCAGAUAAACACAUCGUUGCCUCAGUGGAUGUGGGCUUCUCAUGUGGCUAUCUACUCAAAUCAAGGGAGAGAUGGUUCGCCUGACAGGCCAUUGUGGGGUUGGAAUGAAGAAGGCAGAGUGGAUACCUCCACGCUUAACUUCUCCAAGCUGAUUUUGUUUUUGGAGCUGCCCUUGACAAUACCAAGAAAGUUGACGAUUCCAAUAGUUGAGGAAGACCGCUGGUCCAAGGAAUAUGCUGUUGCAAGUGCUGGCUUGGCGCCUCUUCUCUUGGCAUUUUUGUGGAACAGUCAGGAUGGAGUAUCUAUGGGGGCUACCAUAGCAUCAUAUGUGAUAGCUGGUGUCUUCGGGAUUGCACUUGCUGCUCUCGCUUUCAGUUUCACCAGUCCCGAUCGACCUCCAAGGAGAUAUUUAUUCCCAUGGGUUUUUGGAGGGUUCGUCAUGAGCAUCACUUGGUUCUACAUCAUUGCCAAUGAGCUGGUUGCACUGUUGGUUGCAUUUGGAGUGAUACUGGGGAUUAAUCCUUCAAUUCUUGGGCUGACUGUUUUAGCAUGGGGCAACUCAAUGGGUGACUUGAUGUCAAAUGUAGCCUUGGCAAUGAAUGGAGGAGACGGUGUGCAGAUUGCUAUGUCUGGGUGUUAUGCAGGGCCUAUGUUCAAUACACUUGCUGGCUUAGGAAUAUCGAUGCUACUUGGAGCUUGGUCAACGGCACCCAACUCUUAUGCUCUUCCGCAGGACAGCUCUCUUAUUUACACGAUGAGUUUCCUCGUUGCUGGAUUGAUCUGGGCUCUUGUUAUGCUGCCACGAGGCGGCAUGCGGCCUAACCGGACACUUGGAGUUGGUCUCAUUGCUCUUUACUCUGUUUUCCUUUUCAUUAGAGUAAGCAAUGCUAUGGGGAUAUUUCCACUUCCAGGCUUGAAUUAGAUGUUCGUGUUUAUUGUACAUGAUUGUCAUUUGUACAAAUGAAAUGGAGUUAUACACUGUUCUUCUGUUUUGUUA